UGGGGCCCCCGGGCAAUAGGCGAUCAUGGGGCCCCUGUGUCCUUGCCAAAACUCAAAAAAGCCUAUGAAAAAGGUACCAGGGGCAUCUCAUGGGGCCCCCUACUGACCCCGGGCCCUCGGGCAGUUUCCAAAUGGUCAGUCCGCCCCUGGCGAGGACUGUGCUAUAAGGUAAGGGGUAUCAGGGGCAGACUGACAACUCAUGGGGCCCUGGGCAAUAGGGGAUCAUGGGGCCCCUGUGUCCUUGCCCAAACUCAAAAAAGCCUAUGAAAAUGGUACCAGGGGCAUCUCAUGGGGCCCCCUACUGACCCCCGGGCCCUCGGGCAGUGCCCGAGUUUCCAAAUGGUCAGUCCGCCCCUG